AUGUCUGUGCCUCAGAUCCAAGUAGAAGAAGUGGCAGGUGGGCAAGAAGAGACGGCAGGAGAAGCCCUGCCUCCCGACGACCACCUCCGGAGCCUGAAGGCUCUCACUGAGAAACUGAGGCUGGAGACCCGAAGGCCCUCCUACUUGGAAUGGCAGGCCAGGCUGGAGGAGCCGACAUGGCCCUUUCCGAGGCCAGCUGCUGAGCAGGGGGAGCAUGGGGAGGAGGAGCCCUCAUCCCCAAGGAGAGAGCCCAGGCAGCAUCCCCCACCCAACGGGAGUGCCAGCCAGGACGCUGGGCCCCAGUCCACCGGCAAGCUGGAAGGCUUUGAAAGUAUUGACGAAGCUAUAGCCUGGCUCAGGAAGGAACUGAUGGAGAUGCGGCUGCAAGACCAGCAGCUGGCCAGACAGCUCAUGCGCCUGCGCAGUGACAUUAACAAGCUGAAGAUCGAGCAGACCUGUGACCUGCAUAGGAGGAUGCUCAACGAUGCCACCUACGAGCUGGAGGAACGGGAUGAGCUGUCUGAUCUCUUCUGUGACUCCCCACUCGCCUCCUCCUUCAGCCUCUCCACCCCACUCAAGCUCAUUGGAGUCACCAAGAUGAACAUCAACUCCCGGAGGUUCUCUCUGUGCUAA